GCAAGAUGAAAGCUCUCGUCGCCACACUGAACAUCUUGAGCAAAAACGUGAAAAAGCAGUUGAACUGAGCAUGCUCAGACAUUACCGAACGACCGAUCUUGCUCCACAGCAGAAGCCGUAUGAUAAGAAGAAAGUCUGUACCCUGUGCAAUAUGCCAAUUCCUUCAGAAGUUUACCUGUUGAGUCACUUGAAGGGAAGAAAACAUGCACUGGCAUUCAAUGAAAAGCAUGCAGAUCUACAGCUAUCUGAAGAAGACCGGGAGAGUUAUUCACUUAAAUACAUUGUACAAGCACCUUCAGACGAGCCUGAUGCUAAGCAGAUUGCAGAGAAGGAACGUCAGAAGGGAUUGAGGAAACGGGCAAGGAAGCUUCGUCAGCGUAUGAGUUCAAGAGGAAAGGAGUACGAGACCAACUUGCCCACCAAGUCACAAGCUGGUGGCUCUUCUGAAUGCCGUGCUAAACUGCAGAAAUUGACCAAAGACAUCAACAAAUAUCUUCAGUCAGAGGGUAAUGGAAAAUGGCCACAGAACAAGAUCUCAGCUCUUGAUAGGGCGUUAGGAGAAAUAGGAAGGUUGCUGGUGAAGAAGGACCAACCAUACCAAACGGUUUUUCGUUCAGUAGGUGGUAUAUCGACACUGUCACGAGUGCUUCUACUUGUGUGUAUGGCUGAUGAAUCUAAGCCAGCUCCUCUACCUGCAAA